CGACAUUGAAAUAGACGAAUCUGGGCAAUGGGUAUUUGCACUUCUUGCGAUUCAACUCACGUAGCAACAGCCAAGCUGAUCCUCCACGAUGGAAGAUUACAGGAGUUCCCUUACCUCGUUAAGGCUUCUUAUGUUUUGCAAAAGAAUCCCAUGUGUUUCAUCUGCAACGCCGAUGAAAUGGCCUUCGACGAUGUCGUUGCAGCCAUCGAGGAAGACGAGGAGCUUCAUCCCGGUCAACUCUACUUCGCCUUGCCCUUGACUUGGCUGAACCGUCCUUUACAUGCCGAAGAAAUGGCUGCAUUGGCUGUUAAAGCCAGCUCUGCUUUAAUGAAAACCACCACUGCGUCUGAAAAAUGCAGGUGCAGAAGUAGAACUGUUACGCCUUUCUCGUUUUCAGAAGAGUCUCCUCGCCGGAAGGUUUCCCCCGCCGGCGUUUCUGGUGGUGGAAAUGGCGGUGAGAAGAGAGGGAGAGGACGCAGAGGUAGUAGAAAGUUUAAGGCUGUGCUGAGUUCUAUUCCUGAAUAGAGAAGGGGUUAUUUUGGGAAAUCUGAGGGUAGCAGAAGUGUAAAUAUGUAAAAAGGUAAGAAAUUGUUUGUGAAAUCAUUGGUAGAAAUGGGACUCGUUGUGGAUGUGAUUCGCUUGAAAGUUCAUUCUU